AUUAACUCUGUUUAAAUUUGUUGCAACUGUACACUCAUGCCAUUCGUCCUUCGACACCUCUUUCCCUCUUUUGAUCUUGUUUAAUUCGCUAUUAUAAUGGAUGCGGAUACCCCCAGCGCAGCGUGGCAUCCGGCCAAGCGGCCAAAUUCCUCGGCCGACGAACAGCCCUUCACCUUCAAUAUGGGCCCCAAACCUGGAGCCAGCGAUUCGCCAGAUAAGACCAGCCAGCCUUCUGAUGCGACCAAUUUGGCGUUGAAAGAGGAAUCACCCGAAACUGCCACUGCCACAGCCGCUGCCUCGACUGAGCACCCUUCCCCCGCCGAAUACGCCGCCGCCCAGUCCCCGAACCAUGCAGGGAAACUUGACCAUUUAGAACAUGACGAAGAAUCUGGCGCUGCUUUAUGGGACAUGGAAGCACCGGCAACCAAUGAUGACGUGACCUCGAUGACACCACAUAAUGAAGAAUCUGUAGCUGCAUCUCCAGAGCGUGCACCAACUGAGCAGGCUUCGAAACACUUAAGCACAAUGUCCUUUGCUCGUACUGUUUCUCAUGAAAUGAGCUUCAAUGACGAUGAAGACGCGGAAUGGAAUCUCCAACGUUCCGAAACCGAUCUUUUUGGCUUCAUGCCCGAAACCGAUAGGACAAAUUCAUUUCCUGUUGUUCCGCAGAGACAGGACUCGAUAACCGAACAAUACUCGCAUCCUCUGCCCUCAACCCAGGCUGAAGAAAUUCUGCAAGAGUUGGAAGGUGAGAGCGCCCAUGAUGAUGCUACCGCUUCGGAACCACGUGCUGUUGGACAGCCGGGAGAUGCUCGAGCAAGCGAGCACGGAGAAGAGAAACUCUUUCAGAAUACAGUUGGUGGCGACUUUGUGGGGAUAGAAGAAGACGCGUCUGAUGCCCGGUACGAAGAAGGGUUACCUCUGAUCCCUCAACAACAUUCACCCGAAGCGAACGGCGACAUAAAACAAACGGGCGCCGACCCAUCUGACCUCUUUUCCCAAGAUGAGACAGGCGAAGCUGGUGAUGAUUUCUUUACCCAGAUGGGUGAGAGUUCUCAACUAGCCGCAGAACCCUUGCUGGAUCACACCUUACAAAGGAAGUCUACGACUAUGGUAAUAGGCAACAAUGUCGAUAUGGAACCUCUGAGCCCAACAGAAGAAUUAAAUUCUAGGCUACAAGAUAUUCCCAGCUCAAGCGUUAAUGGAGACUCAAUACAUUCGCCGGAGGGAGGUGCUAAAAUCACAAACGGAACUGAAGAUAUUGAUGCUAAGUGGGCUGCAGCUUUUGGUGAUGACGAUGACGAUGGCUUCUUGCUAGACGCGACCACGGAAUCCAAAGAGCUAGACCCGGCUGAUAUCUUUGGUAGUGAUGAUGAAGGAUUUUUAGAUGACGAGGCGGAACCAACGCCGCUGGCGCCUUCACAGACGCAGACUCCGCAACCCUAUACCAACGGUUCUCGUUAUGCGCCCGAGUCGGUUCAACAACAACCAUAUGCUGCCUCGAAUCCAUAUGCACCAGCACCUUUGGCCGGCCAAUUUCCUGCAGCUCAACAGCAGCCUCCCUACGCACCCUCAAACACAGCCCCGCCCACUAUGGGGUUUGGAGUACCACCUCCAAAGCCAAGCAUACCCAAAGCACAAAGCUUCGUCAACAAGUCGAAGGGCGGAUACCAGUCGCCUUACGAUCUCCCAAUGGAGGUAGUCAAGCCAAAGAAGCGAGCAAGCGCGCAACAGUUGCCGCGAGUCAAUGUUGGAUUAUCUGCACCUCCCUCCAUUCUGCCAGCUAAAAGCGCCACCGGCUACGCACAGCCUCCACCAUCAGGAGGAUCAGUUUCGAGCUCAUCUCCUCCGAGUUCAAGUCAUUCGAACCUACCUCCAAGUCACGUUGCACCGAAGGGCACACCUCAGCUGAAGUCAAAGGCUAGUUUCUUUGAAGACCUACCCAUGACAUCUAGGCCUCGUCCUUCGUCACGCCAAUCCACUCAGCCAUCUCCGACUCAGCCAAGCGUAUUUACACCUCCUCAAGGACCACCAAUGAGCACGCCACCGAUGAACCCGACCGUGGCGCCCCUCCCAGCCCAGUCGAGCUUGUCCCCUCCAACACAAGUUGCUGGGGUUGCUGGACUGGUUGCCCCUGAACGCGUUAGCCCGUAUGCCUCCUUGCAAUCUGAUUCUCCUACUAGGCCUCUGCCUCCUUCUACGACCAGCAGUCGUUAUUCCCCUGCUCUUGCUCAACCCCCUGGCAUCAACGGGACGGGGGUAGCACCGGCUUCAGCAAGUCGGUACUCACCAGCACCCCCAAAUUCCCGGUCAUCUAGCGGUAGCUAUUCUGCGGUACCGCCUCCUAUGCUCGCUCACCAGCCGAGGACUUCCAGCCCGCUCGCUCAUUUCGAAGUUUCCCAUGGAAAGUCUGAUAACAAACUAGGAAGUCCUAUCAACGGGGAUGGUGUUCCACUAAUGCGAACCAGUUCUUCUCAGUAUGAACAUCGUGUUACAAGGGUGCCAUCACUACCACCAACACAAGAGGUUGAAGAAGAGCAGUCUCUUGAUGUACCUGAGAUGUCUACGAAAGCACUAGGUAUUAUUCCACCAGAACCCAGGUACCCCCCGAUAAAAGCGAGGCAUACACCGCCACCUAUGGGAAUUCCUCCAUCCAAUCCUCUUUCUCCUCCAAAGCGUUCCUUAUCAAAUUAUGCUCCACACCCAGCGCCCAAUAUGCCCUCGAAAGAGACCAACUUUGUACCACCCCCUCGAUCACAAACCCAAUCUCCUGGGUCGGUACAUGGUAAUCGAGGACUUACAAAAUCGAUGGAUCCAGCCCCUAGGCCGUCUUCAGCGCAUAGCCCUACGUCCCCACGAUCGUUUCCUGGAGUGCAGAGUAUGGUGCCUACUGUCCGAACCCGUGGAAUGUCUCAAUCUCUAAACUUGGUGCCUCCUACGGACGGCCGGGAGCAUGAUUCUCUACAGCGCUGGCGUGGAGCGCCCUCUAUUGCCUGGGGAAUUGGAGGACUAUUCGUAUCAACUUUCCCUAAAGAUGUACCACGGUACGGCAUAAGCUCCAACGUCCCUCAGAUUAUCCGAAGUCCCGGCGAAGUGAAAGUGAGGCAUAUGAAAGACAUUCAACCUCUAGAAGAACGACUCUCUAAGUUUCCCGGGCCCCUGAAAGGAAAGUCUAAGAAGAAGGAGGUUGUCGGGUGGCUUACUACAGGCAUCGAUGGUCUAGAGAGAACACUGCCGAAUGUAUCAUUCCAGCAGCAUGUCUCACAUGAAGAUAAGAGAGCGGCUGAACGGGUUUUGCUCUGGAAAAUCUUGAGAAUCUUGGUUGAGAAUGAUGGUGUUCUUGAGGGCAAUCCAACGGUAGAGAAAGCUGUCCGUGACAUUAUUUCUCCAGGCGUCGAAUCUGUUACCCCUGAACUGUCAUCAGAAUUCUCAUCCGGUGCAGGCUUGGCAGGAAUGGCCUCAACCGGUGCUGUGCAGGCAGAUGCGGCUGACCCCACUGCUACUGAGUCAAUACGCAGAUGUCUACUUAUUGGCGAUCGCGAAAAGGCUGUGUGGAUGGCAGUGGACAAGAGAUUAUGGGGUCAUGCUAUCCUCAUAUCUGGUUCAAUGUCGAACCCCGAACUUUAUAAGCAAGUCGCCCGGGAGUUCAUUAAGAAGGAAGUAAAUCAUACGGGUCGUGGCAACGAGUCUCUUGCUUCACUCUACAGUGUCUUAUCUGGCAAUUUUGAAGACGCCGUUGAUGAACUUGUUCCUGCCCACGCCCGAGCUGGUUUCCAGUUGAUGUCGCCUACUGCUUCUACUUCUUCUACGUCUCAAGACGUACUAGCCGGUUUAGACAAAUGGUGCGAGACACUGGGGUUGAUACUCAGUAACAGACGCCAGGGAGACGGCGAAGCUUUGCGGUCCCUUGGUAAUCUUCUAUCUGGAUAUGGAAGGGCUGAGGCAGCGCACAUCUGCUAUAUAUUCUCCCGACACUUUUCUAUAUUUGGCGGUUUGGAUGAUCCUAAUGUCAAUUUCGUUCUUGUUGGUGCCGAUCAUCGACGCCAAGCUGAUCAAUUUGCUAAGGAAACGGAGGCGCUUCAACUGAGCGAGGUGUACGAAUAUGGACUAUCACUUGCACCUGGCUCACAUGUGGUACAAAGCUGUCCUCAUCUGGCUGCGUAUAAGCUCCAGCAUGCUAUGGUCCUUGCUGAGCACGGCUUCCGAGACAAAGCUUUACAAUACUGUGAAGCCAUAUGGAGCGCUAUCACGUCGCAAACGAAGAAGUCUCCCUACUUUAAUCCUAUUUUAGAAUCUGCUGUGGACGAUCUUAUGAAGAGGUUGAAACAGGCUGCUGGCGAAGAGUCAUCUUCAUGGAUCACUAAACCUAAGAUGGACCAGGUUUCGAGUAACAUGUGGUCUCGGUUCAGUAAGUUUGUGGCUGGACCUGAUGAUGGAACUGAGAAUGGAGCUCCUGGCGAAGGUGGUGCUGAGGUUGGGCCUUUCGCGCGUAUUGCGGGCGGGACACCUACAGUUAGUCGGUCUCCUUCAGUCUCUAAUUUUGAGGUAUACGGAUCAAGCCCGUCAAUGCCUAUGAACAAAGCUUCCUCAGCCUACGCGCCAGCUGCUGCCUAUCCCACAACUUCACCUUACGAACCUAUUGGUGGGGCAUAUACCCCGACCGCUCGAUCAUCGAUGGAGCGGACCUCAGGGGAGCUGACAAGAAGUUCCUAUGAUUUGGGACGACGAGGCUCGGAUAUACAGAACGUAGCCGCCAAUCCAUAUGCGCCGGUGUCCAUAAGCAGCUCACUACCCAAGAACAGCUACCAGCCUGUGUCUCAAAUCACGCCAGACGUGUCACCAUAUAUGCCCACUUCUGAAAUUCAACCCUCACCCUCUAUCCCUGAACAAUCAUCGAAUGUCGGAUAUCCAGGAUAUCAACCUUUCGGUGGUGAUCAGGGUUCCGAGGGUGUUGGUGCUAUCGGCGGAAGUGACAACGGCUUUAACUCAGGUUACCAACCUUCUUACGGUAGCUACGAGCCUCCCUCGACGAAUAGCUUCGAGUCACCUGCAUUAGGGGAGAAUACUUCUGGUGGUUAUGAACCACCUUCAUAUCAGCCUUCUGGUUUUGAACCACCCUCUUAUGAACCUGGCCCGGUGGAUGAUAACGAAUCGGAGACCAAACCAAAACCGCGUAGUUUCAUGGAUGACGAUGACGAUGAUAUUCCUGGAUUGAGGUCAAAGGAGAAGAGUAAAGCUGAAAAGGACCGGGAAAACGAGGAAAUGUUCAAGAAGGUGGCUGAGGAAGAGGCUAAACGAGCAGCGGAAGCGAAAGCCGCGAAAAAGGGUGGCUGGGGCUUGGGGAGCUGGUUUGGAGGCGGCAAGAAAGAGCCUAUGGAAAUACCAAACAAGCCUAUCAAAGCCAAGCUGGGUGAAGCCAGCAGCUUCGUGUACGACCCGGAACUGAAACGCUGGGUCAACAAAAAGCCAGGGGCCGAAAACGCACCUGCGAAGACGGCUACACCACCACCACCUCGUGCUUCGAGCACGCCUCCUACCAGUACUACGUCAGCACCACCGGUUGGAAUGAUGACGCCACCACCCCCUCGCCCUAUACCGACUCCAAUGAGAUUAAACAAGGCGAUUUCCCAGGAAAGCUUGAACGCACCGGGCGGCGCUCCCCUCAUGGCCCGCAGCGUCUCUGGCCAGAGCAAUGCCAGUUUACCACCUAGACCCGCGACAAGUCUCAGCAACGCUAGCAGCAUUGAAGACUUACUGGGAGCCGCGGGGCCACGAAAAGGCCCCAAGAAGACACGGAAAUCAGGACGUUAUGUGGACGUCAUGGCGAAGUAAAAGGCUCUGCGCCAGCUUUUCGCGAAUCUAAGAUGGAAGCAGAAAGGCUUUUUUGAGUAUGAGCUGCAAUGUGAUAAUUGAUACUACUCUAAUUAGGAGGAUGAAUGGACUGACUGGCAAGGGGGAGUCAUGGCAAUCGAUACAUAGGCGCAGGCAUGCAUAUGUUCAUUCAUGCUGUAGCCCGGGACCGGCGUUCGGGGAUUCGAUGGCAUUUCUUGGUUUUUUGAAAGACUGGUGUAUUUAUAGAUCUAUGAAUAUUGUAAUAAGGAACCCAUUUUCUUAUAUUGAUCCACAUUGGGAUGCCGUU